CCGAACCUAAACACGCGUAUAUUAUACUGUCAUAUUAUUACCUAUCGAAUACAUCGCGAUACUUACCCUGAAAGUGUAACUGUUUUACGGAAUAACACGUUAUUACAAAGUAUAAUAACCGGUGGCGUAGGUACUCAAUUUUUUCGUCGACAUCUUGAUUUUCAUCGGUUUCCCACAACAAUGCCGUACGCGCCCAGUGCGCCGCCGUCAGAUGAAAAUAUGUAUUUUCAGUAACUUUGAUUUUAUACAUAGCUUACCUAUAUAGAUUUUUAUAUACGUACAAUAUACGAAACUACACUGUAAACAGUAAUAAUAUUGUGGACAAUAGCUAUAGAACACCGAAGUCGUCGUAUAUGAAUUUUAGUUGACACAAACGCAUACAAUGGAAAUAAUUUGGCACGGUUUAUUGAUCGGUUGUAUCCUCACGGCGACGGUGUGCAAUUCGGAAGACACGAUACCACGUCGAGAAGUUCCAAAUUCUGACGAAUAUCAAGACGAAAUCACCGCUGCCGAAGAUCACGAACACCACAGGAUCAUCAUCGUGGUGCCCAAAGAAGUGCCGCAGCAUGUGAAUCACGUGCACACGUACAAGCUGGCCGGAAAAGGCAUACCGCUUAUCCACUCUGGCAAAGUGGUGCACGACCACAAGCACAGCGGCAAGGUGGCCCACGAGCACGGGCACGCGGGCAAAUCGACGCACAGCCACAAGCACGUCGGCGCGUAUGGCCACCAGCACAAGCACCUCGGGUACAUGGGGCACAAGCACUUCGGGAAAGUAGGCAUCGUCGGACACGGCCACAAGCCGGUCCAGAAGCCGCCGCGACAGUUGCCACACGACCACCACAACCGCGGUCAUCAUCCGCUGUUGCACAACGCCGCGCAUCAGCUGCACUUGCAUCAGUUACAGCAGGCCGGCGACUACCUGGUACAGCAACAUGGCAACGCGGGGGGCAGCAGCGGUGUGUUGCAGCAGAACGGCGGACACAGGCCCGCGUCCGUCGUCGGUCGUAGGCCCGCGUCCGGCGGUCGCGUGCAGUUCGUGCCGUCAUCCAAGCCGCGGGGCCUCGGAUCGUUCAUGCCAGCCGAGAUCCAACAGUACGUGCAGCACGGCGCGGUCGUCCAACAGCAACAGCAGUUGCACCAACAGCAGUUGCAGCAACAUCAGCAACUGCAGCACCAGCAGCAGUUGCAGCAUCAACAACAACAGCAGCAGCAGUAUGCGGUAUACGACGACGACGAAAGCGGUGAUGGUGGCCGCAGCGCACAACCGCCCGCGUACAACGUGAUACACUUGCGGGUGCCCGACCACCAAGACCCGAACGUCGUCAAGCACGUGGACAUCGACUUGGUCAACAACGUGGCCAAACUGCAGACYAACGAAAAGCAUCAGCCAGUCACCGCUAAUUUCAAGCGUACGCCAAAUUCGUUUACCGAACAUUUUCCAAGCCGCUCUACGCACAGCUUUCAGAUAUCCCAUAAUUUGUGACAGAAGCGACCACAUAUAAAAAUGAUAGACAGUACAAACU